AUGAAGAUACUAUCUCGUGAGAAUUAUGUUCAUGCAAUGUAUGUGGAAGUUUCUAAGGAUUUGAAAAAUGUCCUUAUGAAAGAUCUCAUGCGAAAAAUUGAAAGCAUUGCAUUUCAGAAGCUGGAGAGAUGGAAGGACCAUGGAAAAGUCGUUAUGGUGCAAAGGUCGGUUGUUUUCCAUGUAAAACUGACUUUACCGGUUCACAUUUGUUCAGUAAUCAGCUUCAAAAAUGAUUUAGACUAUUUUCUCAUGUUUUGGGAAGAAAAUGAAGAUCAGAAGCAAAGUGAGUCAAACGAUCAGGUUGCAAUGCCGAGUGUAAACAUUGUUAAUGUAAUCAAAACUGAGGGAGUAGUGAGCUCGAAUAAUGCAUCAGAUGAAAUAGUCCAACCGGUAAGGGAGCAAUCGAAAGCUGAAAUAUCAACAGCAUUUGGACCAGAUACUGCAGCUUUUUUGGGUACCGGACUUUUUUUCAGAGGUUUAGGGAUUGUACGCAAUAUGCCAAGUUUCAAAAAACUGCAAAAUGUCCAGUGUUAUUAA